UGUGUACAUAUUCCCGCCGUGCCGCCAUCAUUCACACACACAUCAAACCGCACCGAGAAUAAAACGCUGCAGAGGCAAAAAAAGAGGAACGAACGAAAAGUCGGUUCUCUUUUCGACUCAACUGAACACUUGUCCAAUUUCAUUGCGUUUGCGAUUAUUUUCUACUCAAAAAACCAAAAACCACAACCAGCCAACGCAUCGUAACUUAAUUCAACCACAACUGUGAUCGCCUAACAUCGGAAAUAAUAAAUAAAAGCAACGCACGAGAAGAAUUGCCAACGCUCCAUUGAAAGUCCUUCCCUCAUACCACCAUAAGUGCAACAAAGUUAAAAAUUUGGCGAAUUUCAACCCAUAAGCAAUACACACUGUGCAUUACAACAGCAGCGUACGGCGGAAAAUCGCAAAAAAAAAAAAAGACGCAGACGCUAGCAACCCGAAACCUGAACUCCAAUACAAGUCUCCCAAUCCCCCCCAAUUGGAAAUCUUAGCGAGAGCGAUUAUCUGCUUUUGGAAUAAGAAGAAAUUCAAAAGAAUUUUUGUGUGAAAACCUUUUGAAGCUGCUCCGUAGUAAUCCAGAGGUAGAAGAGCAAUGGUCAUGGAUGCGACCCAAUCGCAGCAGCCUUCGCCGCAGUCGGUGGGACGUGAGUUUGUCCGCCAGUACUACACGCUGCUGAACAAGGCGCCGAAUCAUUUGCACCGCUUCUAUAACAACAACUCGUCCUACAUUCACGGCGAAUCGAAGCUGGUGGUUGGACAGCGGGAGAUCCACAACCGCAUCCAGCAGCUGAACUUCAAUGACUGCCAUGCGAAGAUCAGUCAGGUGGACGCCCAGGCGACUCUGGGCAAUGGUGUGGUGGUGCAGGUCACCGGGGAACUGUCGAACGAUGGCCAGCCGAUGAGGCGAUUCACCCAGACGUUCGUCUUGGCGGCUCAGUCGCCAAAGAAGUACUACGUGCACAACGACAUCUUCCGUUACCAGGACCUGUACAUCGAGGACGAGCAGGACGGUGAGUCGCGAUCGGAGAACGAUGAAGAGCACGACGUUCAGGUGGUUGGCGGCACUGGCGGAUCAUCCGGGACUGUUGAUCAGGCGGUCCAAGUGGUUGGCGAUGUUGUUGCGCCUCAGCAGCAGCAGCCGGCACCGCCGCAGCCGCAGGGACAGGUCGUCCAGCAGGUGACUCCUGGAGCAGCUACUGGUGCUGCACCACAGCAAAUCUUCUACCCGCUGCCAGCGGGUGCUGCUGCCGGACGUACGGUGACCGUUUUGCCAGCUGCUCCCCAGGCAGCCGCUGUGCCGUUGCCGGCUCAGUUCGCUGCUCAGCCGAUCCAGAAUGGUGUGGUGUCCCACGAGGAGUUGCAGCAGCAGCCGCCGCAGCAGGUUUUGGUGCCGCCUAGUGUCUCGCCGUUGGUGCAGCAGCAGCAGCAGGGUGGCACUCCAAUUGUGCCCAUUGUCCCUGUACAGAGUACGGGCUUCCAGCAGUCGCCUUUGGUGGCACCCCAGCUGAUUCAGCAGCAGCAGCAGCAGGCGCCACAACUGCCGCCUCAACAGCAACCCAUCCAGCAGCAACAGCCAAUCCAACAGCAGCAGCCAGAGCCGGAGGAAGUGGAGGUGGCGCCACGACAGCUCCAGAAGCCGCCAACGCCCGUCGAGGACUUCAAAACGAUCCACGAGCAACAGCAGCAGGAGAAGUACGAAGCCGUCAAGCAGCAGCAGAAUGAGCCCAAGACAUACGCGAAUCUGUUCAAGUCGACAUCGUCGUCGCCCAGUGGUUUCGUGAACGCGGCUCUCCAGCAGCAGCAGCAGCUCCAGCAGCAGCAACAGCAACAGCAACAGCAGCAGCAGCAGUCGAUCACGAGCAGCUCGUACACUUCGAACUCCUCUGGCGGCGGCAAUGGCCAGGUGAGCUACUCGUCCACGGCUUCCAACUACAACAAUAGUAACGGAAACUCGCGUCUGGACAACGGAGGACCGCUGCCCCAGCGCAACAACUCGAUCCGCAACAACAAGGGCGAAUUCGAACAGCGUCGCUCGAGCAACACACAGCAGUUCGGCGACAACCAGCAACUCUUCCUUGGAAAUAUACCUCAUCACGCCAGCGAGGAGGAGCUGCGCGAUCUGUUCUCGCAAUUCGGGACGGUGGUUGAGCUGCGCAUUCUGUCCAAGGGAAACAAGGUGCCGCCCGGUAUGCGCAGUCCCCUGAAUUACGGAUUCAUAACCUACGACGAUCCCGAGGCAGUGCAAAAGUGCCUGGCUAAUUGCCCUCUGUACUUCCCGGAGAACUCGCCCGAUGGCCAGAAACUUAACGUUGAGGAGAAGAAACCACGCAUCCGCAACGACAUGGCACCGCGCCAGCCGAUCGGCGGCAACAGCCUGAACAAUAACAUGGGUCGCUUGGGUGGCAACAACGGUCCUCAGUCGCGCCCGAUGGGAAACAACAAUAAUGGCAGUGGUGGCGGUAUGAUGCGCAACAACAAUGCCGGUGGCAACAACAUUCGUCAGGGAGGCGGCGGUGGUGGCGGUGGAAACGGUGCUCCUCGCCUUGGAGGCGGUGGCGGUGGAUUUGUACCGCGCCAGGAUAACCGCAGCGGUGGUGGAAACAACCAGUCCAAUGGUCCGCUGCGCGGUGCCGGCAAUGGACAGAGCGGUGGCAGUUACGGGCGUCGCUAAAAAAUAUAUAUCCAUCACACUACUACAGCAACAGCAACAGCAACAGCAAACAGCGACUACAGCAACAGUAGCAACACAACAACAACAGCGGCAGUAGCAACAUAACAAACUAAACAACAAACAAAAAAAGAAACCCAUCGUUAAGAACAUCGACUUCUUCCACAAUGCAAUCAAUCAAUUACAUUCAAGAACAUCAAAGGCAAUUAAACACAAACCCCCCAUUAAGAAACACAAUGUAGUUGGAGCAAAAAAUAACUGAAAGCAGCAGCAACUCGAGGCAAAGCAACAAACAAAACAAAAAACACAAACAAACAAACAAAAAAAUAAGAAAAUAUGAAACAAAAAAAGCCAAGACAAGGUCUAUCCUUAGUUUAAUUGCGUAAGGCCCGUUUUUCCAGCCAGUUCGUGCCAAAAGAAACCGAAAUUCUGUGCAAAUCUCUGUUGUGAAUGGAAAAGAAAGGAAAGCUUAUUGUGCUCCACUACUAAUACUACUACUACUACCUACUACUACUGUAUCCCUCGGCAAAUCCCCAAGCACUUUGCAGCACGUGCAUUAAUUUAAGUCUCACAAAUCACAAACCAUCAGAGGAAGACCACGCCCAUUUAUAGAGUCGCACACACACACACACAUUCACGCCCCCGACCAUCUUAGCUUAAAUGUAUACAUUAAUUACAGCUCUCGUUUGGCAAAUCGCUUUCAACAAAAAAUUUAACUUAAAUUUAAGUUCAACCAGAGGAGAAGAUCGGUAUCAAGAAAAUGAAAGUAGAGAUGCAACUUUUUCGUUUGUUUUUUUUCAUUAAACACAAAUACUUAAGCUAAAAUAAAAAAGAGAAGAAAUUAAAACAAAAAACUUAAAAAAAAACUUAGCUAAAAGAUAUAAACAAAGAAGAAAAAAAAACAAACAAAAAAAUGAAAAACAUUUGUAAAAUGCAAUAAAAAAGAGCAAAAGAAAGACUUGAAAAAAAAAAAUUUAUCUAAAAAAAAUGGUAACACGAGAAAAAUGUAAACAACACACACAGAACACACAUAUUUAAAAUACACGAGGAGGAGUAAUAUUGAAAAGCAUGAAAUGAGAAUCUAUUCAGCAAGCAUCCUGCAGCAAGGAGGCAGGAUGGUAGGAUGGAAGCAAGGAAAACACGUCGUCGCCAGCCAGCCAGCAAGCCAGCCAGCCCGUCGCCCCAAAGUCCGCCGCAUUUAGGAGCCUGUUAACAUAAUUGAUAAUUGCUACUUAAAUCUAAUUUGCAGACACACUUCAACACCUUUCAACUAGCUAGUCUACUACGUAGGGAAUCGGAUCGAAUGGCGCAAACUAAACAAAAAAAAGAGAAUGUAAAUCGAGUGAUUGAGGAUAGUUUAAGGACGAAUGCGGUGCCGGCGCCGCAGUGGGGGCGUGAUAGUUUUGCGAACGGAAGGAAGGAAGGACAGCGUCGAUUAUAGUUUUCUUAACAUUUUUUAUUCGCUUUUUUUUGUCAUUCUGUGUAAUGAGUUCAAGGUCGUAAGCCAAACUAAGUCAAGCAACAUAAACGAUUUGGUGUUUCCAACGCAGUUGUGAACUAAAAUGUAGUACAUAUUUUUUAAAUAAAAUCAAACAAAAAAAGCCCAAAAAAAAUGUGUGAGGAGAGAGGAUAACAUAAAAUAAAAACCAGAAACUUAUUAUAAUAUAAAAAAAAAAAAACAAGCUACUAACAUUUUUCUCAAGGUAAAUCAAGCAAACCAUGUAAUAAAUAUAUACAAAAAUAUAUAUAUAUAUACAUAUAUAUAAACAGAAAACUCAUAUAAUUUAAUGUUAACUUUUAGAAUUACAACAAAUUUAAAUAUACAUAAAGAAUAUUUAUAUAACUGCAGAGGAAACCGAGAGGCGAACUAAGAAGAAAACUAAAAGAAAUUUAAAUCUUUUCGAGGAUAUUGUGCCGAAGUUUGUGCCGCAGGCGUCCAUUAUUUUCCAUAAGUUAUUCCUGUUUUGUUAAUGCUUGAGGACUUUUGAUUCGUUAUGAACAUAUCAUUUGUUUUUUUGUUGUCCGGCGCCUGCUCUAGAGAAUCGAUUGCUAAAUCAAUUACUUUCUUCAGUUAUUUGCUAGUGGAACUCACAUUUCCAGCACUGUGAUGCGAUGGGCCUAAGCAAUUUUAGUGCAUUUUUUGCAAAACAAAAAUGUUAGUGUUCAAAUCUUUGGCUCAUCGAUCAGGGCUGAGAUCAGUGCUGAGAUACCAACCCCGCUGUAUACCCCAAAAUCACAAAAAGCCACAAAAAUACAAAUCAGUGGUACUAACUAAGUGGUCUGUAAGAGCAUUGAAACACAAGGCUCUCAUGCUCAUUUCUAAAUAAACGAAAGAGAAACACAAUACUGCAGUUUGUAAAGAAUAAUAAUAAUAAUAAAAAAACAAGGAACACUUAAUUAUAAUUUUAUUUAUAUGUAUACAACUACAAAAUAAUUAUAAUAAUAAAACAACAAAGAUUCAGCGUGUUUACCAGAAGA